AUGGCGCCGGCGGCCCUCGACCGCGAGCCGAGCGGCAAGGCGGAGCUGCCCGCGUUUCUCGCUGUCUUCGCGCUUUGCGGAGAAGGGCGGUACGCGCCUUCACUUCGGUUCGGCCUUUCUUCUCUUUUCCCUCGGCGGACGGUCGACUUCAGAGGCCGUCGCCCCUCUGCGUCUCACGUCGCUUUCUGCCUCCAUCCUUCUCUCCUUUUCCUUCUCCGCGGCGACGGGUCAAGAGCAGGCCUCGCGGCAGCCUCAGAGUCGCGAAAAGCAAGAAAGAGAGUUUUAGACAGCCAAAUGGGUGGCGACGACGGUUUCGGGCCUGCAGAGGCGACGGGCGCUGAAGACACAUCGAAGAUGGAGAAAGAGAAGCUCCUCCCGAUUGAGUUCCUCGCGCUCACCAAAGACGGCGCGGAGCUCUAUCGCUACGAGGAUGGCAUGUCUCUCGAAGAAAUCAAGAGGCCGCUCAAAACGAUCGAAGGCGUUGAACAGGCCAUUUGGACUGAAGACGGAAAAAAUGUCGUCCUGGUUCGGAAGGACGCGCCCAACCGAGUCGACGUCGUUUCUCUUGACGAAGACAAGACUUUGUUCUCCUGUGAAGGGGCGAGCACGGUGGUCAAGUUCGACUUGUCACCUCGAGGCACCUUUUUAUACAUUUGCUUCCGCCACGAGGCCGCGCAGCACGAGAACUUUUGUCUGUACCGCAUGUCCGAUGGAGAGAAAGUUCUCAGCUUCACUCUGAAGCAAAUCAAUGCCAACACGUGGCCGCCUCUUCGUUGGACUUCUCAGGAGUCUUUCUGUUGCCGCACGGUGACGAACGAAGUUCACAUCUUCAAAGACAACGCAUUCAAUUUGAAUCACCCGCACGACCGGAUUCGCUGCGAAGGCGUCAUAUGCGUCUCACCCUGCAACGAGAAGAAGAAAACGGCCGCGGCGCAGGAGGACGCGGCGAGCGGCGCGAAGAAAGACGAGGCGCCGAUGACCUGCGCGCUCUUUGUGGGCGGCAAGAAGGGCGCGCCUUCCUCGGUGAAGCUCUUCGAUUUGAACGAUGGCAACAGAUGCAUCGCGACAAAGAGCUUCUUCCAGGGCAACGAAGCCGCGUUCAAAUGGUGCUACGACGGCCGCGCAGUCCUCGCGCUCGUUCACACCGAUGCAAGCGAAAAGAGCUACUACGGCUCCGACGCACUCUACUUCCUCAGGGCGGACGGCACCUACGACUGCCAGCUGAUGGCGGCUGAGGAGGGGCCUAUCCACGACGUCCAGUGGAGUCCCUCGACGCUCGAGUUCGUUCUCUGCAAAGGACCGAUGCCGCCUGAGGUGCUACUCUACGACGGCAGCAAGAAGCCGUCGGCGCCGAAGCUCUCGUUCGGCCGCAUGAUGCGAAACACUCUCCGCUGGGAUCCGUUCGCGCGCCUGCUGGUCGCCGGCGGAUUCGGCAACUUGGCUGGCGACGUGGACAUCUGGCAUAAGCAGCAGAAGAAGGUCAUCGCGAAGGCGCAGGCGCCUUUCACGGUGACUUGCGACUUUACGCCGGACGGGCUGCACUUUGUGGCCGCGACCACGUCGCCGCGUCUCCGCGUCGACAACCGGAUCACGAUCUACAGCGUCACGGGACACGCACUCUGCCGCCUGGACUUCGCAGCUUUGUACCGCGUGCUCAUUCGCCCCCUCGCCCCUUCCGUCGCGGCGACUCUCGGGCAGAAGCAAUCUCGGCUUCUUCAGAGCUUCCUCGCUGACCCAACGCUUUUCCUGUCUCGCUACUUCUCUUCGCUGUCUCUCACAGCCUCUUCUUCUGCGGGCUCGCCGGCCGGGCGCGGCUUCGCCGACGACGGCGCGCGACCCGCGUUGGGCUCCACGGGCGCACCCAAAGCCCGAGCGUCCCCACUCGGGGCCGCAGGCGCAGCGAGCCAGAGAGACGGGGCGCCCCGCGGGGUCUACCGGCCCCCGGGGUCGACUGGAGCCCUCGCGGCGCGACUCAGGGCCGAGCGGCAGGCAACGGUGAACUCGACGAACGCAGCUUCUUCAGUCUCGCGAGCCUCUGCCGCGCCGCAAACGUCGAUCCCCGGCUUGGCUCAGAAAUUCCCCCCGGGCUACUCGCCCCCUGGCGCGGCGGCGAAGGCCGGCGGAGCCAAAUCGAAGCGGAAGUAG